AUGAUGACAGGUUAUGAAGGUACCGGCUCAGUCCUGAUGUCCCCAGUGCCCCACCAGAUGCUGCCGUACAUGAACGUGGGCACCUUGUCCCGGACUGAGUUGCAGCUUCUCAACCAGCUCCACUGCCGAAGGAAAAGGAGGCAUCGAACCAUCUUCACGGACGAACAGCUAGAGGCGCUGGAAAACCUCUUCCAGGAAACCAAAUACCCCGACGUGGGCACUCGAGAGCAGCUGGCCAGGAGGGUACAUUUACGGGAGGAGAAAGUGGAGGUUUGGUUCAAGAACCGCCGGGCUAAAUGGAGAAGGCAGAAGCGGUCUUCCUCGGAGGAAUCGGAGAAUCCUCAGAAAUGGAACAAAACAACUUCCAAAACCUCCCCAGAAAAGAGGCAAGAAGAAACCAAAAGCGAUUUGGACUCCGACAGCUGAUAGGCUGUGUGGACAGGGUAGACUAGGCGUCUGGGACGACUUGCACGGAGAAGAGGCUCCACAUUCUUGCACAGACUCUGCCUUGGCAGGAGGAA